AUGACACUGAGGGCCACACUAAGUAGUGGGAGCCCAACCUCCCUUCCUCUCCUGAGGCCCUGCCGCUUGGCCAGCCUGGCCCUGGCCCUACUGCUGCUGCUGGAGGCUCUGACCCAGGUGGAUGCCCGCAAGAUGAUAACAGCCCAGCCUGGGACCCGCCCACGAGCCAUCUGCUUUCUCCUGGGGCCUGCGCCCCACCUCAGCCACAGUCUUCAGGCCCCUCAGAAACAGCAUCAAGUGUGCAGAGCUGGGCGCCUGGAGGCUGGCCUUGCCCACCGCCUGUCAGAGGAGAUCACAGCCUGCGCCGGCUACCUCCCCAGGAUGGACUCAGUGCAGAAGCAAGACCUCCGCAGGCCCAGGAUCCACGAGGCAGGGCGGCUGUCCACGUACCAGCCACCCACCCUGGCCACCCUGCAACGCCUGCUGUGGGUUCGCCGAUCUGCCACGAUGAGCCACGUCAACGAGGUCUGGCCCAACCUCUUCCUGGGAGACGCGUACACAGCCCGGGAUAAGAGCCAGCUGAUGCAGCUGCGAAUCACCCACAUCGUGAAUGCUGCAGCAGGCAAGUUUCAAGUGGACACAGGUGCCAAGUUUUACCGAGGAAUGCCCUUGGAGUACUACGGCAUCGAGGCUGAUGACAACCCCUUUUUCGACCUCAGCGUCUACUUUCUGCCUGUUGCCCGAUACAUCCGCACCGCCCUCAAUGCUCCCCAAGGCCGCGUGCUGGUACAUUGUGCCAUGGGGGUCAGCCGCUCUGCCACACUAGUCCUGGCCUUCCUCAUGAUCUGCGAGAACUUGACACUGGUUGAGGCCAUCCAGAAGGUACAGGCCCACCGCGAUAUCUGCCCCAACUCGGGCUUCCUCCGGCAGCUCCAGGUCCUGGACAACCGGCUGGGCCGGGAGACGGGGAGGCUCUGACACAACAAGCAGCCCUGCAGUCUCACCCUCCAGCCAGCACAGCCCAACUCAACCAGCCUGGCCCUGAGGGCAGCAUCCUUUGCUGUCUCCAGGGAUCCUGGGAUGUAAAGAGCAAGCAAGGGCUUAACUAAGGCAGAGAUAAGGAGAGCUGGGAGUGAGUGACCUGAA